AUGUCUGAGCUCCUGAGUCUCCCAGAUUCAGUAUUCGACCUGACACUCGAUACUGGCCCAUCGCAAUUGUCUCAGCAGGCAGCACCGUUCGCUGUCAAUCGCCCGUCAUCUACGAUGGCUUCAGAGCCAUCGACAAGCUCACGAGCAGAUCAACAGCUGGCAUCGUUGCGUGCUCGUUUAGCUGGCAGCCGCGGCGGGUCGCGGAUGAUCAAAGCCACCAGCAUCGAGAACAGCCCGAUGCGCGAGUGUUCAAGCCUGCUCCAGGUCGGCACCGACGCUUUCUUUGACGGUUUUGCAAAGGCAGUACCUGUGCUUGGUUCGCGCUCCGAAUACGAGCUUUAUCUUUCUCGCUUCCUGCCAGACCAGAGCCGCGGUCGAAGGCUGCUGAUGCUAGCCGUUGCAGCCAUCGGCUUCUCGACAAGCUUGCCGCCGGGAUCCGAAGCGGUCACCACGAUGAAUGCUCGACUGCGAGAGGCGUCAAGCGAGGGCCACCAAGACAAGGGAGCAGAUCUCAGCUGGAAUGUCGCGGAAUCCUUGGCAACGUCGCAACUGGAGCUGUUGCUUGCUUACAGGGCUUACGGCUGCAAUCAGAUCACUCAGGCUUCUUCUCACCUCAAGCAAGCAUGCUUCAUCGCCUUGCAGUUUGGCCUCAACAAAUUUGACCGACCCGACUUUGAUCUUUCAAAGCUGCUAGAUGGACCGGCUUGGACUGACGGGGAAAUUUCCGCAUCCGGCAACGGAAGCAGGCCGACCUUGCUGUCCGAAAUGUGUCGCAGGACCUGGUGGGAGUUGUGUCUGUUUGACACGAUGCUUCACGCGUCAACGACCGGGCAAGUGGCUCGGGUGCUUGAUUCUGAAGCGCUCGUGGCGUCCGUACACGCUCCUCGUGAUGUUGGACGCCCUGCAGGGUCUCGUCACCUCAAUGCUGUGUACGAUAUCCGGAUCAGGACCGCUGCUCUGGUCGAACAAUGCGUCAAACCACCCGAGGGUCCGCACAAGCUCGAUACUGAUCGGCUGCAAGCGCUCGACACCAUGUUGAGCAAUCUCAUUGUCACAGCACAACGCUUGUGGGCCAGCGCUUCCACAGCGUUGCGCGUCAAUCAGAUGACGACGACAGUCGAGCGACUGGAACGGGCCUCGGCUUGCAGUGGCGACCGAGAAACCCGAUGGGCCCGGGAGGUGGAAGUCGAGCUCCUGUUUGCAGCCCUUCUCAUGUUGCACGCUGGUCGCAUCCAUCUACACCGCCAAGCCUGGUUCACCGACCUGACACUGGACUUUUCGUCCUGCACCUUUCGACCCCAAUCAUCUCUUUGGGAUCACGACGAACCGCCAAGCACACCGGCAUCGGCGACCGAAGGCCAUCCGUCGGUUACCGAAGAGACUCGUUACGCCAUGCUGCGUUACAGCACGAGCAGGAUCAUUGCUUCGUCUGACGCCAUGAUGCGUCAUAUACGCGCGGAUCAAGCAAGAUCACCGUUGCCGAGAGCUGUGAACUCGACGCCUGAUUCGCUCAACAUGGGUAGACUGCCGGUCCACUGGCCCUUCUUUGGCUGCUGCAACACCGUGGCCGCAUUUGGCUAUGUCGUUGCGAUCGCAGCGGGUGACGGCGGCGGCGGUGGAGAACCGGAGCUGAGAGUCCUCUGCGACGACACAUCGAUGACAGGUAUCUCGCCCGCCUUUGUUCUCUCGUCGUGCAAUGACAAUGGGCUCGAUAUCUCAGAUUUUGCACAUAGGGCAGAUCAGUCUCGGGCAAAUACGGAGCGAGGUGGUGCCAGGCCGGCAGAGAGUCUCGGCUCCAACGGCGACGUAGCACUGCAACCACGCCAAGUUCCGCAGGAUGCCGCCUCGUCCGGCGUAUGGAAGGCGAGAUUAGCGCUGAGCAACAUCAGAUUUGCCGAGGCAACUUUAGCAGAAUACAGCGAAAUGUGGCCCGUUUGCGCCGCGCUGAGGGAGGAGGUCUCCCUUUGUCGCGCGGCCGUUGACUUUGGCGGGUCGACCGGCUUCAGAGCGCCUUGA